AUGUCUACAUCUACCAAUACCACUUCUCAGCUCCUCCUUUUGGAGAAAGGCGGUCCAUUCGAGGUUCGAAAGGUACCCCAGCACAGCAUCAACCCCGAUCAAGUCCUCGUCCGCCAGCGCGCCAUUGCCCUCAACGGUCUCGACCCCCUACAACGUGAUCUUGGUGUGAACAUCCAGACAUGGCCCUAUGUUCUCGGUGUCGAAGGCGCUGGUGUCAUUGAGGCUGUUGGAUCGGAUGUUACAGACCUCAAACUUGGCGAUGAAGUCCUUGCCUGGGAAUUGUCUGUAGCCGGUCACGGUGGUGCCUACCAGGAGCACGUGGUUGUUCCAGCCAAGUUCGUCGCCAAGAAGCCCAAGAAUAUCAGCAUAGAAGAAGCUGCAUCUCUACCAAUCUGUUACAACGCUGCUAUCUCCGUCAUAUUUGCUUUGAAGCUCAAGAUUGCCAUUCCCAACUUCGCGGGUGCAUCCAAUGCAGAAAGCGAACCUGAACCAAAGUCUAUUCUCGUCCUCGGCGGCAGCUCAGUGGUCGGUGCCAGUGCUAUUCAGCUCUUGCGACUCGCGUACCCUUCACUACCCAUCUUCGCGACAAGCUCUCCGGCACAUCAUGAUCGCCUACUUUCUCUUGGUGCCACUGAAGUCUUUGAUUACAAGUCUCCUACCUUGAUAUCAGACAUCAAAGCUGCCUCGCCCGAAUCUCGCGGUAUCGACAUUAUCUUUGAUGUUGUAGGAUCUGGUGCUUCACAAACCGAUAUCUACGACACUCUCGAUCCCAAUGGAAGCAAGAAAUAUGGUGCACUUGUGACAAGUAAAUCGGCCACAGUACCAGAAGGAGUCACAAAGAUCGAGACUGGUGGCUGGACAUUGCUUGGAAUGCCUGGUGGUGAACAAGUUAUCCCCGCUCUGACAGAGUUGAUCGAAAGUGGGAAUUAUAAACUGCCAGCAGAGGUCAAGGUUGUUGGACACGGCUUGGAGCAAAUCCCUGAGGUGAUGGAUCAAGUCAGGGGUGUGAGCGGACAGAAGUUGAUUGUUACAUUAUAA